AUGUGGAACUGCUCGGCGCCGCACCCAUUCUUGCUGCCGUACGGCGACGACUACGCCAGAUGUGAAAGCUCAAGUUCACCGGCAGGAGCUGUGGGCCUAGACAGGAUACUACCAGCGGAGUAUGAUUUAUACCAUUCUCUGAACUUGUCACCAUCACUGCACGGCCUUCAGACGCCAACGCUUUUUGCUACGAACGGUUCAGGGAGCUAUCUAGGCGCGAAUCCGAUCUACAGCGGCGAGACCCGGCCUGCGUUUUCUCAGUUCAGCUGCACACAGCCAACUGCUGCUGCUCACUUGGUGAGAUGGGCGGCAGCGGGGGAGACGAUGACCGGUGACGGCAGCCGUCUCAGAGGAUCAAAAAGGCUCAAGACAACGACGGCAACAGCAACAGCACAAGAUCCACACCACGGCCUGCGGUGCAAUGCCAAGCCGACAAGAAAUCAGUCUAUGAAGGCGCCAUGUAAGAGGAGCCAGAAGCUCGGGGACAGGAUCACGGCGCUUCAGCAGCUAGUCUCCCCGUACGGCAAGACGGAUACCGCGUCGGUGCUCCACGAGGCAGCUACCUGCAUCAAGCACCUCCACGAGCAGAUCCAGAUUCUGACCGCCUCCUACCCUGCAAUUAGCUCAGCAUCGUCACAGCAGGGCACCCGCGAGGAAGAAGGCCCGACGGAUCUGCGCCGGCGAGGCCUGUGCCUGGCGCCGCUGUCCCCGGACGUCGUGCAGCUCGUGGUGUCGGCCGAGGCGGCGCUCCGCCACCGCGACACGGCCGACACGGAGGAUCGCUGGCGCUGGCUCGCCACUCUGUAG